AUGAAGUAUGUUUUUAUGAUAUAUGUCUGCAUCGCGGUAACUAGUGCUCUCUUGUCAAAAAUUAAACAAGUUGUUUCAGUUUUAAAUCCUUUGAAUGUUCUGUAUACGAACGUGUGUGUGACCGAUUUAGGAUGUUUCUACACUGGACCUCCCUUCCAUCACUUGGUCAACAGGCCGAUCAGCCUGCCUCCAACGAAGGAACCCGGAACUAAGUUCCAGCUUUUCACGCCUUCAAACCCUCACGAAGUGUACCACCUAAAUGUAACUCGACAGUCCAUACUCAAUUCGACUUACGAUGCAAAGCACAAGACUAAAGUGCUAAUUCAUGGAUUUGCAUCGGAUUUGAACCAGAAUGAUUUCAGAUACAUCAUGAAAAAAGCCAUAUUAGAGGAGGGAAAUUAUAAUGUUAUUGUCGUAGACUGGACUGCUGACAAUGGAUUUCCAUAUGCUCAAGCCGUUGCAAACACGAGAACAACAGGUGCCCUCAUAGCCAAGAUGAUUAACUUAAUAAUUAAUACUACAAGAGCUAGGGCAAGUGAUUUCCAUCUUGUCGGACACAGUUUAGGAAGUCACGUAGCAGGCUAUGUUGGUGAAAGAGUGAAAGAUUUGGGAAGGAUAACUGGUUUAGAUCCAGCAGGACCCUAUUUUCAAGUGGAUGAUAAAUCCGUAAGAUUAGAUCCUUCAGAUGCGUUUUUUGUUGACGUUAUUCAUACAAGUGCUGCUGACUCCAUUAUGGAAGGACUAGGUAUGGAAAAACCUGUAGGACACGUAGAUUUCUACCCGAAUGGUGGAAAGAGCCAACUGGGAUGUGACCUGGUGUCAAGAACCAGCGAAGUGAUUUUAGGCAGAGAGUUAAACUCUUCUGCAAAAUUCUUUCCAUCAGCUUGUGACCACGAACGAGCGAAUGAGUUUUUCUCAGAAUCCGUAAAAAACUCCAGUUGCCAAUUCAUCGGAGUUCUAUGCAACAGCUAUGAAGAUUUCGAAAAGAAGAAUUGCACCACUGAAAACUCAAUCACAGCCGUCAUGGGAUUUCAUGCCAGGAAGCGAAGAGGAUUGCAAUUUCCGUCAAAAUUUUACUUAAAAACGAAUGAUUCCUAUCCUUUUUGUAUCAAAAGCAAACAGCAGUCAAUUGAGAGUAGAAGUAACCAAUCAAGAGCCACCAAUCAAAGUAGAAACAACACAUCAAGAGACAGCAAUCAAAGUGGAAACAACCAAUCAAGAUCCUCCAAUCAAAGUGGAAACAGCCAAUCAAGAUCCUCUAAUCAAAGUGGAAACAACCAAUCAAGAUCCUCUAAUCAAAGUGGAAACAGCCAAUCACGAUCCUCUAAUCAAAGUGGAAACAACCAAUCAAGAUCCUCUAAUCAAAGCGGAAACAGCCAAUCAAGAGCUUCCAAUCAAAGUGGAAAUAGCCAAUCAGGAGCAACAAAUCGAAGUAGAAGUGGAAACAGAAGAAGAAGAGGUGGAGGAUAAAUAUUCAAUUACAACGACGAACUUAAAGAUUUGCAAAAACUCCAAACUAGGCAUAAUAGUCUGGACUUUCUAACUGCUUCGUUUAGUAUGAAACAUUAGCCUCAAUUUUGACAAUCUCAAAUAUGUCAGAAAAAAGUUCAACCGCUUCUAUUACGCAACGAAUUCUGCAGUAACUGUGUGAGGAAGAAAAUCUCAGUUCACAUCCAGGUUCAAAAAGUAGCUUCCUUUGAUCUUGAGCAAGAGUGAGGCAAGCAUUUACGUUUUGGCUUCAGGCUCGGUUGACAGUUAAACUUGAAAAUGAAAAAAAAAAAGCUAUUACCAUGACUAUUGAUGAUGCAUUUCAUUAUUUUAACCUUUUGCGGAGCAGAAAAUUAUAUUGAGAAAUCUUGAACAAUGAAGCUGUUAGGGCUUUGUGUUUACAUUUUUCAAAAUAAAACGUGGUUGUCUAAAAACCGUGUUGUUUAAGAGAUAAAAACUAUUAAAAUUUUACCUGUUUACAUUGUGGUCAAAAACAAGUGGGACACUAUUUAUCAAACAGCCUCUGAAAUGGUCCUGUCUGACCAUAAACCAAGUUGAAAGUCUCUGUAUCUCGUAUCUAAAACGCUGGUAAAUUAUCAUAAAAGUCAAACCUUAUAAAUUCUAAAUCCUUGUUCGUUAUUUAGCUAAAAAAUAGAACAUCUUAAAAGUGACAAAGUUGCUUAAACGUCCCUCACAACAUAAUCUUGAUUGUUAAAUGUUUGAAGCGGCUAUUUAGUUUGUUACAGCUGAUAGUUUUUACACCUCUUUGCCAAUGUAUUUAUAAACCAUUACGUGUUUAAUAAACUAAAUGAUGGCAUAUUGCUUUCAAUUCACCAAAAAUUAGAGAAUUAUAUCACAAAAAAAUAUUUGUAGUACUCAGUAAUUUUGAAAACAUAUCAAGAAACUAUUUUAUGUAAUAUUAAUAAUCAAAACUAAAAAAAAAAUUCCAUAGCUAGAUGAUUUUUUUCCUUCUGAAAUAUCAAUUGCCUACUGCGGAAAAUAAGUACUCAUCACUGAGAAGUACAUAAAGAGUUUUAAUUCUAAUGCUAGAGCGUAAUAAAGGGUAGUUAGGUAUUUUAUUUACGUCACACCAGAGCUGCACUAUUGGCGACUGUCUGGGAAACAUCCUUGAGAAUGAUCCGAAGACGACGGGCAAUCGCAAUUUGGAUCCUCUGCAGAGGGGGUGGCUCCCCUGUUGUGGUAGUCCGACGAUCUGCAUGCGAAGUCGAGCACUUUACUGCAGAACAGUUUAACGAGGACCGAUACGCGCCCCCUCGGUCCCGACGCAGGCUAUUUAAAGUGGUCACCCACCCGCUUACUGAUCGCAGCCAGUGAUGCUUGACUUCGGUGUUCUACUGGGAGCCGUGUCUUUACGAUCCGUCUACUGCGGUACAGAGCCUAAUAAAAGAGGGCGUAUUUUACGUCAAAGCCCCGCAAAAAAUAGACAUAAUUCAUUAUCCUACCUCUUGACGAUUAGUUUAUGACAUAGUAGAAAUCACAGAAUAAUUUUAAAUAUUUUUCUAUGUUUAUAAAUAUUGCUCAUCUAUGUACGAGAUUUGUUACAAAUAUAAACAUUGUUACGCUGUUUAGAGGAUUUGUAAUGUAUGUAAAUAUUAUUAAUUUUAGAAUAAGAUUUGUAAUACAGUCAAACCCCGCUAUAGUGAACC